CGUAUUUAAUUGGCUCUUUUUUCUCUGCACGUCCGAGCGCCUUUUGUCAAGAUGCUGUGAGGAGGUUCUGGUUUUGGGAAACUGCAGCAGCAUCUGUAGGUUUUCUUGUGCCAGCUGUCGCCAGUUUGCAGAAAAAGCAAGGGUUAUAUUUUCGUGCAAGAAGGCAUUGGAAAUUAGCAACCUGAGGAUUAUGGCCGCCAAUUCCGCUACUGUGCGGAUUCUUAUAAAAGGAGGGAAGGUAGUGAACGAUGACUUCACUCAGGAGGCAGACGUUUACAUUGAGAAUGGGAUUAUUCAGCAGGUGGGCCGGGAGCUCAUGAUCCCCGGGGGGGCAAAGGUCAUCGACGCCACUGGCAAGCUGGUCAUCCCGGGGGGCAUCGACACCAGCACCCACUUCCACCAGACUUUCAUGAACGCCACCUGUGUGGAUGACUUCUACAAUGGCACCAAGGCUGCACUUGUUGGAGGAACCACCAUGGUGAUAGGCCACGUGUUACCUGACAAAGACACUUCCCUGUUGGAGGCCUAUGAGAAAUGUCGAGCCCUGGCUGACCCCAAGACCUGCUGCGACUACUCCCUCCAUGUAGGGGUCACCUGGUGGGGGCCCAAGGUGAGGUCUGAGAUGGAGACCCUAGUGAGGGAGAAGGGAGUGAACUCGUUCCAGAUGUUCAUGACCUACAAGGACCUGUACAUGCUGCGGGACAGUGACCUCUACCAGGUCUUAUGCACCUGCAAGGAUAUCGGGGCCGUGGCGCGAGUCCAUGCAGAGAACGGGGAGCUGGUGGCAGAGGGUGCCAAGGAAGCUCUGGAUCUUGGUAUUAGUGGACCUGAAGGCAUCGAAAUCAGCAGGCCAGAGGAGCUCGAGGCAGAGGCAACCCAUCGUGCCAUUAUGAUCGCUAAUAGAACUCAUUGUCCCAUUUAUCUGGUUAAUGUGUCCAGCAUGUCUGCAGGAGAUGUUAUUGCAUCUGCUAAGAUGCAAGGGAAGGUUGUCCAUGCAGAGACGACCACAGCCCAUGCUGUCCUGAACGGACUCCAUUACUAUCACCAGGACUGGUCACAUGCGGCAGCCUACGUCACUGUGCCUCCACUUCGACUGGACCCAAACACGCCGAACUACAUCAUGAGCCUGCUUGGCAAUGACUCUGUAAACGUUGUAGCCUCAGACCACCGUCCCUUCACCACCAAGCAGAAAGCAAUGGGGAAGGAAGACUUCACUAAAAUCCCACAUGGUGUCAGUGGUGUCCAGGACAGGAUGAGUGUUAUCUGGGAAAGAGGAGUGGUGGGAGGCAAGAUGGAUGAAAACCGCUUUGUUGCCGUGACGAGUUCAAACGCUGCGAAGAUUUACAACCUGUACCCGAGGAAGGGCAGGAUCAUCCCCGGGGCUGACGCAGACGUCGUGGUCUGGGACCCAGACGCCACAAAGACCAUCUCAGUGAGCACCCAGGUGCAGGGCGGGGAUGUCAACCUGUAUGAGAAUCUGCGCAGCCACGGAGUGCCGCUGGUCACCAUCAGCCGUGGGAGAGUGGUCUCCGAGAACGGGGUGUUCAUGUGUGCUGAGGGGACCGGCAAAUUCUACCCGCUCAGGACCUUCCCUGACUUCCUGUACAAGAAGAUGGUACAAAGAGAAAGGUGCCAAACCCUGAAGGGUGUGGAGCGUUCUCCAUAUGCUGGUGACGUGGCAGUGGUCUCAACUUCCGGGAAGGAGUCGGGACCCCCAGAUGGUGAUGCAGCCAGACCUUCAACAAGGCACGGAGGCAUGAGGGACCUGCAUGAGUCCAGCUUCAAUUUAUCCGGUACCCAGACUGAUGAUCAUGUUCCAAAGAGAUCUUCUGCCAGGAUUCUGGCUCCCCCUGGUGGAAGGUCCAGCGGAAUUUGGUAACCAUGGAAACCCCCCCAAAUUUGGGGCCAAAUACAGCAGCAAAUUUCAAUACGAUAUCGCUACUGGGUCGCAACACUGAAAUCAUUGUCUUAACUAACUGAAGGAAGAACAAAAAACACUGCACUGAUUUUUAUACCGUGCUUAGAAUAUCCUAAACAUAUACUGUACUUUAAAAACUUUUAAAAGAGAAAGGCACUUCAUGUUCUAAUUGGACACAAACUAGAAUUAGGUGCUUAGGAACUGAUUUACAACAAUGUGUAUUUGGAAGAUUGGCUGUUGAAACUGUAUGUGAUAAACAAACAAUGAAGAGGAUGUCCCUGGCUAUAAUGUUGACAUGUUUUUAGGAAGGAAAUGUUUUCUUAAAUUGAUGGUGAUAAGGAAAGGCUGAUAAAAUAAAGGUUCAUUCAAAUAUUUGUUUGUUUGUUUCCUGGAGGUUCAGCACUUAGUAAAUCUGUUAGUAAAAUAUCUCUAGCCAGAAUGUUUUUUGUUUGGGUGCUACAGUACAGUGUGUGUUGGCUGGGGUUAUGUAGCAGUACUAGAAGCUGAACAAAACAUAGUGUUUUUGCUGUAGAGUAGUCCUGGAACAAUGUGCUUUUUGUCAUGGUGUCUCCUUGUUGCUCCAAAUGCCUCUAAAACAGUAUGUCAAAGUCCUGAAAAAUAUGAGUUUCUUUAUUUAAUAAAUGUGAAUGUUAGCCAAGAAAA